AUGUUAUUUGAAAGUUCUAUUCGAACUGGAGAUCCUCGUCUUUCCACAAGGAAUAAGCAAGCACAAACCACAGAAGUAGUCAAUGCCUACGAUUAAUCUUUUAAUGGAAGAGUGAUUUAUGCUAGAAACCUGUUUUCCAAAUUAUUCUUGUAGAUGAUCAUUAUCUGUAAGCAUUUAAAUUACAACUUCCCUUUUAGGUGUCUAUGUCUGGAUUGUGCAUUCUAUUCCUGCAUUAGACAAAUUCCUAGAAUAAAAUAGAUGGAUAUUUUGGUUAAGUCUAGGAAUUUGUGUAGGAACAGCCACUCUGGCUUUGAUUUAUCGUAAUCAAAUUACGUUGUCUCCAACCAAUUGGUUAGUGUUUAUUGUAUUCACAUUGUCAUUUGCUUCUGUUUGUGGCUGCUUGGUUGCAUUUGGUAAUUCCUAAAUUGGAUUGCUGCUCUUUGUUAAUUUUGCAAGUAAGUUAAAGUUUUUAAAUAGGCUUAAUAUUCUUUUUAUUUUUGUACUCCUCGACUGUCAGAAGAAAGAUAACUUAUUCUGGAGCUGUGUUAUUUGUAUCAGCCAGCAUAUUGAUAGUGUUUGAACUAUUCACAAUAUUCACCAAGAUAUCCCUCUUUUGGAUUAUGUUCAUAUCCUUAUCCUCCUUUUUAUUUGCCUUCCUUUUGCUCUAUGACACAUACACUAAUUUGAAGUAUUUUCAGUUCAAUAUCUAGUUGUGGAGACUCAUAUGAUAUCAAUAAGGCAGAUGAUGUGAGUGGAAGUGUAACCAUUUAUUGGGACAUCAUUCUAUUAUUUUUAAAGAUGGCAGACCUUAUCAAAGAUAAUCUAUCUAAUAGAUAGAAUUGA